ACCAAUCACCACACGGUAGCCGAGUCCAACCAGCCAAUCAGAACACACCAGCGGAGUCACGUGGGCUAAUCGAGGAAUUGUAAACAAACCUGUGGAGAGGGGCGAACGGAACAUGUGUGAAGGAUUUACUCCCUCUGCCGAGUUUCUCCCGGUGAAGUGCCCAUCAGCAUCCAGAGGAGAUGGAGGCGAUCGGAUCCGAAGCCAAAGCCGAAGCUGCUCCCGACGGCCCCGGGCGGGAUGCUGAGGAGGCCGAGAUCCACACGGCCAUGCUGUGGAGCAUCCAGGAGGCCGUUCAGAGGCAGACGCUGCAAAUCGGGGUCUCUGCGUGCGGAGCCACUGCGGUGGUGGACGUCCUGCAGGCGCUGGGCAUCACGGUGAAUCCAGAGACGGUCAACCACUGCGUCAGGACCAGUUUGAGGAUGAACGAGGCGCCGCUGCCUGAUUACCUGCACUCCCGCAGCAAUGCUGGGGCCACACACCCACAGCUGAUCUCCGGGGCCGAGCAGGCAAGCGGGGGGCACGUUGUGGGCCGAUUCUUUGGCCUGUAUCCUCGGCGGAGGAUAAAGUUGGUGCCGUGGUUGGCGCGCUGGAUUCUGCGCGGAGCCGUUCCCGUCGCCACCAUGAACAUGCAGCGGGCCGUUCCUGAUGGGGAAGAGAUUCCCGACGCCUGGCAUCACCAGCUUAUCUUCGGAGUCGGACCCAGUGCCAUAUUCAUGACCAACCCGCUGGAUGUGGUAAGUGAAGAUGAGGUUCAUGAGCGUCUGUGCAGUGAGUCUGUGCUGCUCAUUCGCCGUGAAGACGUUCUGAAGAGACUGACGCCGGACGCUCAUCUAUCGCAGAUCUCAGAUCAGCAUCCCGACCUGCGCUGGAAAACAUUAAAUGUGGAGGGUCAGGUCAGACAGAUGAUCAGCGAGGAAGAGCAGAAUGAUGAAGACCAUCCUAAGACGACGCAUCUCGUGAUUCCCGCGGCAUACAGCUCUGGAGUCACUUUCUUCGCUCUUAGAGACUCUGAUGUUGCUCAAGAGCUUCUCAGCAGCCCAGAUCUGCCUCUGCUGUGAUUUUACACAUGAAAUCAGCCGUUAAUUAAGUUAUUCUUGACUUUCGAUCAAUAUUUAUGUCUGGUUUUAUUCUUGUGGUUUUAAAUAGAUGUUGUCAUCCUGGUCUGUUUUGUGUUAACAAUGCUGAUUCACUGAUUUUUGUGUUCUCUUUGAGAGUUUAAUGGCUGACAGUGUCAUGUUUAUCAAAUAAAAAGUGAGAAAAGUA